AUGUCUGACUAUUUAGGAUCUUCUCGGGACUACAUUGAGCGCCGCGGCGCUCGUGUAUCUUUUGAUACACAGUUUACAGGAUCUCCUCAGGACUACAUUGACCGCCGCGGCGCUCGUUGUGUAUUUUCAGAUACACAAUUUGCAGGAUCUUCUCAGGACUACAUUGAGCGCCGCGGCACUCGUUGUGUAUCUUCUGAUACACAGUUUACAGGAUCUUCUCGGGACUACAUUAAGCGCCGCGGCGCUCGUGUAUCUUUUGAUACACAGUUUACAGGGCUAUGCAGUUCACAACAGCUUGCUUUUUGA